GCCGGAAGUGUGCGGGACCGGACUUCCGGCUGCUCUGUGGGAUUCGGGUUCGGGGUUUCCUGGUGGGCGUCAGGGGCCGGCAACAGAGUGCCGGGCGCUACGGCCCUGGAACGGGGCCAUGGAGAAGCUGCGGCGGGUCCUGAGCGGCCAGGACGACGAGGAGCAGGGCCUGACCACGCAGGUCCUGGAUGCCUCAUCCCUUAGUUUCAACACCAGAUUGAAAUGGUUUGCCAUCUGCUUCGUAUGUGGCAUUUUCUUUUCUAUUCUUGGAACUGGAUUGCUGUGGCUUCCGGGCGGCAUAAAGCUUUUUGCAGUGUUUUAUACCCUCGGCAAUCUUGCUGCGUUAGCCAGUACAUGCUUUUUAAUGGGACCUGUGAAGCAACUGAAGAAAAUGUUUGAAACAACAAGAUUGCUUGCAACAAUUAUUAUGCUCUUGUGUUUCAUAUUUACCCUGUGUGCUGCUCUUUGGUGGCAUAAGAAGGGACUGGCCGUGUUAUUCUGCAUAUUGCAGUUCUUGUCAAUGACCUGGUAUAGCCUGUCGUACAUCCCAUAUGCAAGGGAUGCAGUUAUCAAAUGCUGUUCUUCUCUCCUAAGUUGAAAAUCAGAAACGCGUGGAAAAGAGCACUCGAAUGUUGAUGCUCCGUGUUUGGUGACGUUUGCUUUUCCCAUAAAACACUCCAGAAACAACUGCAGUGACAGUUGAAGAGCGUUUUGUACUAAGUCUCAUUUUGUAUACUGGUGAAAACUACAUGCUUGAUUAAACCGCUAAAUGCUUGUAACUGUAAAUUCAUUAUGUGUCAUUAAUACGCUUUUCCAAAGGAGGUUUUUAAUCACUGCCAGUCGUAAAUUAUUUUUAGCCAAUUUUAAAUCUUUUCACAACAGCUUUGAAAUGUGAAUAUUUAAGGGUAGACCUGUGCUGCAAGAUAAUUCAGCUUUUUUGGCUUUUAAAAAAUGUCUGCAUUUUUAAGACUUUUUUUUUUUUACUUUAAAUGUGAAACUUUUUAUUUUAAGCUAAAAAUUGCUUACUAUAUGUAAUAAAAAUAAUAUAUAAAUCUUUACAAUUUUGAAAUAAACCCAUCCUUGGAAAAAUAA